CAGUCAACACGAGGCAGUCACAUCUGCAAGCCAGGAAGAGCAUCCUCUUCAGAACCUAUGGCACCCUGAUCUUGGACUUACAGCCUCCAGAACUAUAAUUAGCACCAUGGAGCCACAGGUGUCAAAUGGCCCGACAUCCAAUACAAGCAAUGGACCCUCCAGCAACAAUAGAAACUGUCCUUCUCCCAUGCAGACAGGGGCAGCCACAGAUGACAGCAAAACCAACCUCAUAGUCAACUAUUUACCCCAGAACAUGACCCAGGAGGAAUUCAGGAGUCUCUUUGGGAGCAUUGGUGAAAUAGAAUCCUGCAAACUCGUGAGAGACAAAAUUACAGGACAGAGUUUAGGGUAUGGAUUCGUUAACUAUAUUGAUCCAAAGGAUGCAGAGAAAGCCAUCAAUACUUUAAAUGGACUCAGACUCCAGACCAAAACCAUAAAGGUCUCAUAUGCCCGUCCGAGCUCUGCCUCAAUCAGGGAUGCUAACCUCUACGUUAGCGGCCUUCCCAAAACCAUGACCCAGAAGGAACUGGAGCAGCUUUUCUCGCAAUAUGGCCGUAUCAUCACCUCUCGAAUCCUGGUUGAUCAAGUCACAGGAGUGUCCAGAGGGGUGGGAUUCAUUCGGUUUGAUAAGAGAAUCGAGGCAGAAGAAGCCAUCAAAGGGCUGAAUGGCCAGAAGCCCAGCGGUGCUACAGAACCGAUUACUGUGAAGUUUGCCAACAACCCCAGCCAGAAGUCCAGCCAGGCCCUGCUCUCCCAGCUCUACCAGUCUCCCAAUCGGCGCUACCCUGGCCCGCUUCACCACCAGGCCCAGAGAUUCAGGCUGGACAAUUUGCUUAAUAUGGCCUAUGGCGUAAAGAGGUUCUCCCCAAUCACCAUUGACGGAAUGACAAGCCUUGUGGGAAUGAACAUCCCUGGUCACACAGGAACAGGCUGGUGCAUCUUUGUCUACAACCUGUCCCCUGAUUCCGACGAGAGUGUCCUCUGGCAGCUCUUCGGCCCCUUUGGCGCAGUGAACAACGUUAAGGUCAUCCGCGACUUCAACACCAAUAAGUGCAAGGGAUUUGGCUUUGUCACCAUGACCAACUAUGAUGAGGCAGCCAUGGCCAUUGCCAGCCUCAACGGGUACCGCCUAGGAGACCGAGUGUUGCAAGUUUCCUUUAAAACCAACAAAGCCCACAAGUCCUGAAUUUCCCAUCCUUAUUAAAAUAUAUAUAUAAAUAUAUACGAACAACACACACACACAUACACACACACACACACACACACACAAAAGAGAGAGAAACAAACUUUUCGAGGCUUAUAUUCAACCAUGGACUUUAUAAGCCAGUGUUGCCUAAGUAUUAAAACAUUGGAUUAUCCUGAGGUGUACCAGGAAAGGAUUUUAUAAUGCUUAGAAAAAAAAAGAAAAAAAAAACAAAAAAAUACCUUUGAUGCAUUGAAUGUUCUUUCAUAGCUGUCGUUGUUGAAUAUAAUAUACAUAGAUAGCGAUGUGCAGGGAUUUUAACCCAGCCAGCUAACUUUACUACCUUCCUUGAAGGUGGGUCUUUUUAAGAUGACCAUUCGCUCAUUUGAAGAAGAAAAACAAAAAACAAAAAAAAAAAAUAAAAAUAAAACAAUUUUUACAAAGUAAUGGGAUUCAAAGAAAGAAAAAAAAGAUUUUUUUUUGUCAAAAAGUUGAUCCAAUCAGAUUGGUAAAAACCCCCCACACAAAUUAAAGAGGAAUAAUAAAAAUUGCAAAAAUGAAAAAAAAACUUUUGCAAAUUUUUUUAUUUUUCCUUUUUUCUUUUAUAUCAUGUGAACUAAAAACAGUCUUCUGUUAGGGGAUGGGGGCAAGGGGGAUACCUGAUGACAUUAACAAUUUAAUAACAUUAACAUUGUUGCCAAAGAGGUGGUCUCUUUGCUGAAAAUGGGUUUCAAGAAAAAUCUAUUUUUAUAAAAUAUAAAGAAUUUUUACAAGAGAAUCUGGAUUUGAGAAAAAAAUAUUUUGACUGGCUAAUUUAGGGGAAAUUGACAACUUUGUCGCGUUCAUACUGCACUGGUAACUUUUUAGAGAUCAAGAUGUGUGUUUUAAACUGGAUUCGUAGACUGUUUUUUGAAGGAUGGGCUAUAAACAGAUGAUCUUCAUAUCUUUUCAUAGCAUGUAAUAAUAAUAAAAAAACAAUUAUUAAUUACUAGGGGAAAGGAGUGUUCAUUCUACCCAGGGUACCACAGUUCCCCACAGUCAAAACCCAAAAGCAAGGAGAUGAGUUGAAAGACAGUUUUUCUUUAAGUCAUCAGUAUGGGAUGUCAGCAGAACAAAAAUUAAAAAGAUUAAUUUUCCUUUUGAUCUAAAACUUCCUUAGUUUGAGCAGUAGGUGCUACGAAAUUAUUUACAUAUCUUAGUAUCAUAGUUAAAUGUAAUGUGUUUAGGAGAGGAAAACAAAAAAUACAUUUGCUUUAAAUUCAUUAAGGAAUUUUCAAAUUCACUUUGUAGCCCAUGCUGGUAGAAUUGGGCUGUGUUGGUACAUUUGAAACACUGUUUAUGUUGCUUGAAACACUUAUUUAUUUAAUCGCCGAUGUGAUGAUGCCUAUGGCCGAGAUCAAAUAUAGCUAGAUUGGCUAGACUACUUAUUUGUUUACUUAAACUAUGGGAAGAAGCAUAUUAUUGUGUCAUUCUGUUGUGUGUGUAUGUGUAUAUACAAUAUAAAUAUAUAUAUAUAAAGUUAUUUUUUCUUUGGGUUAAUUUAUUAUAAGUUGUAACACUUGGCUAGUUUUGUUUGUAUAUGUCUUAAAAUGUUUUCUUAUGAUAUUUAAGUGACAGUUAAAGAGGUAUCAAGGUAACUUGUGUAGAACUAUUGUUUGAUAUAUUGUCAUGUUUGUUGUGAAUAUUUUUUCUUACUGCACAGUAGAAAAAUAAAAACAACUGGGUCUUUAUUUUAAUGUAAUUCAGAUUGGGGAAAAAAAAAACAGAGCUAAGGGAACAAAAUGACUGAGGGAGCAUUCUCCCACGUCCAGUGCACUGAUCAUUUUAGUAUGUUUGUGCUUUGUACGGUUAUAUAUUUAAAACAAAAACAAAACAAAAAAAUACAAGGGUUCAUGCUCUUCCCUGGGUAAUAGAAACAGUUACUCGCUAUGCAUAAUCUAGUUGAUAGUUAAAUUUGCUAUUGCUUUUCUUGUCUUGUUAUAUAAAAUCUUUUCAAUACAAGUUUAGUCUUAAUGGUAAUAAAACGUUAUGGUUAUUUAUAACUUGUGCUUAUUUUGUGCGUUUUUUCCCAUGCUGAACCCACUAAGUGCAUGUAGACAGAACUGUUGUUUUCACACUGAAGAGGCAAACCGUAGUAGUAGUCGUAGUGGUAGACAGAUAACGAAAACCAAGGCUGCAUCAUAGACUCCUCCUUUA